CUUGGUAGUCCUGAUGUGAUCCGUCACUCUUCUCAUAUAUCUCUUCCAUAUUUUAGGAGUACAUGUCGAUCAGGUUCUCGAACCAUUCUGAUACGGUUUGAUCCACACAGAGAAAUCCUUCACAGGGUUUUUAUUUGGGUGGAUUCCAUCUGUAGGGACUUAAUCCGCUCUCCUAUUUUAAGGCGUCUAUGGAGCUAUCGUGGGUUCAGGAAACUCUGUCCAAAUAAGUAUUUUUUUAGCUUUCACAGGAAAUGAAUGUGUGAUACGACGCAACAACAACAACAUUGUCAUUUGCGUUUAAUUCGUCAUCGAUGUCGUCACUUUCUGUCAUUUUCAUAUGUUUAGGAUUGAUGGGGCUGACCUGGUGACUCAACAAUCAACUUUCAAUCUUCCACGGCCUUAAUGGAAUACCAUUCAGCACAUCCUUUGUGAGAUCAUCUCGAUCCCAAAUUGGGUUCAGUUGGGCAAUCAAUUUAAAUGCAUCAAACUCUAAUCUAUAUUGAUUUAAGGAAUUACUCAGGAGGGGUUGAGCCAAUUAUAUUUCAUCAAUUCAACUCUUCUCCUUCAUUCUUUGCUUUCUUGGCCUUUUGAUUUAGAACUUCAUUGUUCAUCAUAGCAGAAAGGAUUAGUUGCAGGGCUUCCAAAAUGGAAGAAGAGAGUCAGUUGUUGGCUAUGCAAAUGGUGAGUGCUUCUGUCCUGCCCAUGGUACUGAAAGCAGCCAGUGAGCUCCAGGUGUUCGACAUAAUAGCCCAAUCAGGUCCCGGCGCAUCACUCUCCCCUCUAGACAUUGUGUCUCGGCUCCCCACUAAGAACCCACACGCAUCUCGUCUGCUCGACCUUAUGCUGCGUCUUCUGGCUUCUCACUCUCUUCUCACUUGCACCCAACUCAACCAUGACCACAGGGUCUAUGGCCUCACACCUGCCUCCAAACUCUUUGUCAAGAACCAGGAUGGAGCUUCUUUGGCCCCCUUGUUGCAUCUUAUCCAGGACCACGCCUUAGUCACUAGCUGGUACCACUUAAAAGAUGCAGUUCUGGAAGGUGGUGAGCUUCCAUUUUAUAAGGCCCAUGGAGAGAAUGUUGUGGACUACCUUGGGAAGAACCCUGAACUAAGUGAGGUUUUCAGAAACUCGAUGUUUGAGUACAAUAUCCUCUUCAUGAAGAAAGUUCUAGACACAUACAAAGGGUUCGAAGGUCUGCAAGUGCUGGUUGAUGUAGGAGGAGGGACUGGACAAAUCCUCAACAUGAUCAUCUCCAAAUAUCCAUCCAUCAAGGGCAUCAACUUUGAUUUGCCUCAUGUCAUAGAAAGAGCACCCCCUUGUUCAGGCGUGGAACAUGUUGGAGGAGAUAUGUUUACAAAUAUUCCAAAAGGGGAUGCCAUUUUCAUGAAGUCUAUAAUUCACGGUUGGAGCGAUGAACAGUGCUUGAAGUUACUAAAAAAUUGCUAUGAAGCAUUACCAGGUUAUGGAAAGGUGAUUAUUGUGGAGUUGAUUGCUUCAACCUCCCAAGAGACAAGUGUUGCUGCUAAAGGAAUCUUGCAAAUGGAAAUGUACAUGACAAAUAUGAACCCUAAAGGAAAAGAGAGGACAGAAGAAGAAUUUACUACUUUGGCAAGAGAAGCUGGAUUUUCUGGUAUUAACGUAGCGUGUUGUGCUUACACAUUCUCGGUCAUAGAAUUUUAUAAAUAGAUGUAAGAGUUGCCACUUAAUGCUUGUGACUGUCACUAUGAAUUUUAUACUAUUGCCUUCUAGCUGUCAAUAUUUUGUUUGAAAACUAAUAUUCAUAAACAAUAGAGAGAAAUACAUUCAAUGUAAGCAUAUUAAUGCAUAAGCAAUCUAAAAUAAGUAUAGUCUGUCAAAGGUGGAAGUAUUACUA